CAGAGGACUGGGUGACAGAUCCUCACUAGCCUGCCAGGACCAACAGCACUCCAGCUGAAAUGGACACCAAGAUCUUCCUCAGCAUCCUCCUCCUCAGCUGCUGCCACUGCAUGGUUGUCCGUGCUCAGAUGUCCGACUGCUGCCUGACGGUGAAAAACAAGCCGAUCCCUGCAUCCCGCGUGGUGGACUACCACCAUCAGAUCAAGGGGCAGGGCUGCUCCAUCGACGCCACCAUACUGGUGACCAGACAUGGCAGGAAGCUGUGUGUCCCUCUGAACGAAAACUGGGUUUCACUGGUCAAGACCCAAGUGAUCCAACUGAAGACACACUGCCAGGAAGUCAACUACAAGGGAAAACGCUGCUUUGGAGUGAAGCGCCAGUAAAAACUUCCGAUCAAAAACAAACCACAGCAUCAAACAAUGCAAAACACAUGAAAACGAGGAAGCAAAUUCCUUCAUCAAGCUCUUUUUCUUUCUUUUUUUUUUUUUGUCUUAUCUUGAGUUUGUUUCUUACGUGACUUGAGAUCACAGUUUCCACAGGCCGUUGCAAUAUUUGAUGGUUUUAUUUCUCAAUCAUUCUCAAAGCUUAAUAAAUUUUUGUCUGAUCCUGAUCACA